AAUUUCAUGAUUCAGAGGUUCAAAAAUUUUUGAAUAACAUUGAAUUGUCAGAAAAACAAAAAGUUAUUUGCCGUUGUCGGUAUUAUUUCCUAAAGUAUUUAGAUAGGUUAUCUACAUAUGAACGAAUUAUUGAGGAGAAAACUAGACGGGAUAUCGAAAAUGGUUCCAUGGACUCAUCAGAGGAAAAUGGAGGCUGGAUCACAUUCAUAGACUAUAGUACGACAUUUGCCGAUGAUUAUGCAAUAUUUCGCGAUGUGCACAUCGCCGCACAAGCAAUGGAUUUCGCUGCCGAUGAAUUCUUUGAUGGGUUGAGUAUUCUGUUUACACGUCAUGGAAAUGAGAUGUUGCCUUUUCGAUUUACUAUUCUUGAACAAAUUCCUGAAACGGCUGAUACUGAUGACUAUGAAUCUUUCUUACCAAGAGUUGGGUCAAAUGAUGGUGCUGAACCCUCAGAAUGUUUAUGGCAUCAAGAACCAUGGAGAGUUUAUGAUUGGGUUGAAAAUCCUAUAUUGAAGAAACAAAUAUUACAAGAGGAGCCAGAGGAAUGGGAUUUUGAUGGUAUUUUAAUGAAAUCGGUUCCAUAUCCUGCUUCCUCCUCUUAUAUAACACAAUGGUAUGUUGAUCGUGCACAUAAGAUUGACAGUUCUUCGGGACAAGUAGAUAAAGCUUUAUCUCUCGUCCGCUACGGUAUUAAGAAAAAUGUAAAAAAUUUAGAAACUUUAGAAGAAGAUCUUCAUAUGCUGUCACAACUUGUUUAUAACUGUUAUCCAUCAUCAAACGACAAAAUAACUAUGACAUUGGAUGAAUUUGAAUCUCUAACAGAAGAUGAAAUUAUCAAAACUUUCUUGCGGCAAACUGACGAAAAGCGAAUUGUAAACGAUGUCAGGGUUUAUAUAAUACCAUUUCUUAAACUGUUACCUGAACGCCGUGCACGAAAAGCAGAGUUCUCAGAUAAAAAUGAUAAAUAUUUACAUCCAACAGAUUUAUUAUACAAAUAUAUAUUAGAUCUUUCUUCGUCUCAUUUGGAUUGGUGUUGCCUUCUUUUUGAAGCUUCUAAGCCAACAUUAACAGCCGAAGAACGCGUUAUAACAUCUGAUGAAGACUUAGCUAAGACAAAGGACAAAAAACAACUUCGGAAAAUUAUUAAUUCCCUCGAAAUUCAUAUAAACGCUGCAAAAAUCCUUGCACGCUACAAUAACACAAUAUCUUUACGGUGGUUCCUUCAGAGUACAAAAAAUUAUGCUAUGCAAAAACAAUUAUGUAUUCAAUUAACAAGAAAAGCAAGUAAUGAUUCUGAAAUUGAUGGGGAGCACUUUGAAAAUGACAAUGAAUGGAUUCAGUUGUUAGAAGAAAUGAAGAUGUUACAGGGAGAUGGUAAAGGUGUCUUAGGAGAAAUAUCUAUUGAAGGAAUUUAUGAAGACUUCAUAUCUGGACUUUUGAGCUGUGGAAAAUUUAGAUUGGCACGUGAAAUCCUUUUACCAACCGAUAAACCACGUCCUUUAGAAAUGGAUAAGGCAGAAAAACUAGUUAUCAAUGCAUCUAGAGAAUUUUUCGACAACGCAGCGUCAGGAAAUAUGAAUCAUGGUUACAUGAAAAUGGCAUAUGAAUGCCUCCAAAUAUUACCGAUAUCGGACACUAUAACAUCAGACCUUGAAUUUAUUGAGGCGACACAUAUAUUGUCAGAAAAGAAAAUUGGCUAUCAACCUGGAGUACCAAUACAUCCAAUGCAAUUACGUCUUUCAUCAAAUCGAUUGGACUUUAUAGAUCGUUUGUUAAGCACAUAUGAAGAUGCUUACCUUGACCCAAAAUCAAUUAUAAAGCUUUCAAAGAAGCUCGGUUAUCAAAAGAACAAAGUUGCUGAAGUUAAAGUAAUGGCCAUGCUCGCAGAUGCUGCGUUACGUGAUAAUAAUUUUGCCACUGCAUACAGCACGUGUAUCGAUUUAGUGAAUGUUGUCAAGACUUUUGCGAGUGGUAAUAAAAGUGACAAUAAAAAUGAGGAACUAGCUUCAGCGAAGGAUGUUACCUGGAGAAUAUGCUAUGAGAUUGCCAAACAGGAAAAUCAUCAAGAUUUGGAACAGCAAAUGACACUGAUGGGAUAUGCCUUAUCGUUGUGUCCAAGUGAUCAAAUUACCGAUAUUUUAAAUUUAUGGAGAAAAUUAGAAGAACAAAGAUCAGCUCGAGCUCUUGAGACCAAAACGAAUUUAAUGGAAAAAUCCGUAUCAGAAAAAAUCAAGCCAGCUGUAGAACGCGUCGAAUCUGUUCUAAUGACGCCAUUGCUUCAAGGGGAUCGUCUCAAAAAUUUGGUCAGCAGUUGGUUAGGGUCUGGAUUUUCAACUUAA